AUGAUCGCCUCGUCUGCAGCACAGCUGCCCAUUCGGGCGAGUCGGCAGUCAUCUCAAAAUUUGUUGCAGAAUACACGGAUUUCCACUAGAUCAAAUGUGUUUCGGGCAGAAGCUCUUCAGCGAAGUGGACUCCGUUGCAUGACCACAACCCGGCCUUCCACAUUGGGACAAUUGCCAACUGGCGGUCUCAAGAGCUUGGGUUGUCCCCGGACUACCACUCUCAUCCCACCAUCGUUCUUCACGCAGCAAAGAUGGUCCGGGUCAAAAUCUCCCGAAGAAAACAAAACCCCUGAAACAUCUGAGACUCCCAAGAAGAAACCACUUCUCGCGAGAAUUCCUCUUGCCAGCUCACACGAGAACAUCUACACCGUCCCUAACAUUCUCACCUUCUCCCGUCUGCUAGCUGCACCCGUGGUAGGGUAUCUCCUGGUACACAACUACCACACAGCUGCGUUAUCCCUGUUCGCAUACGCAGGUAUCACCGAUCUUGUCGAUGGCUAUAUCGCGCGGCGGUAUAACCUCCAAACUGUGGUUGGAACUAUCAUCGAUCCAAUGGCCGAUAAGCUGCUGAUGACGAUUGGAGUCGCGUGUUUAGCUGUUAAUGGGUCUCUCCCUGUUUGGUUGGCCGUCAUUAUUCUCGGUCGCGAUGUUGGUCUGGCUAUGUCCGCCAUCUACUACCGCUGGAUCUCACUCCCUGAGCCCAAGACCAUGGCCCGAUAUUGGGAUUUUUCGCUCCCUUCAGCUGAGGUGAAGCCUACCGAGAUAUCGAAGAUCAACACUGCUCUGCAGCUCGUCCUGGUUGGUAGUGCGAUCGCACUGCCUGUCGUGCCUGAGGCUUUUGUUAGUGCUUGGCAUUUGAGCGAGGCUAUGACUGGAUUCCAGUACUUGGUCGCAGGAACCACUGUCUGGUCCGGUCUCAGCUACGUCUUCUCAAACAAGGCAGUUAAGAUCCUCUCCAAGGAAGAGAUCCAGAAGCGCAUCGCCCAAGCCGCUGCCAAGCGCAAGCCAUAA